AUGGAACAUCAUUCUACGAAUUAUGGUGGAAUAAAAAUUGGGCAGGGUCAACGUCAAAUACCGUCAGGGCAUAUUCAUCAAAGUCAAGAUGUUCAAGGCAAAGGGAAGGGUAAACUGAUCGAAUCGGACGACGAUAAAUAUCAAGAUGCCCAUAACAAGGGGAAGGGUAAACUAUAUCAAUCGGGUUAUGAAAUGGAAUAUGAUAGCACUAAGGAGGAAAAUGAACGUCUUCAAACUGAUAAUUAUGAUUGGGAAAAAUAUCAAAACAUUUUUUUGCCUAAAAAAGCUUCAAACGAAUAUUUAGGUAAGCUUUAG